AUGGUGUCCUUUAUGCCAUCUAGUAAAUCCUUUAUUAAUCAAGCUUGUUUGGCUGAUAUGGUUGAAUAUUGCCCUUACGUUCUAAUUUGCUCUGCGCAAAUGAACAACCUAGCUUAUGAACUAUCCAAUUGUGACCAAACAGAUGGAGCGACAAAGUAUGGAGUAGUCGCACAGUCUCUUGUUAGUCCAUUCAUACUGAAACACAGAGACAAAGAUGUCAAAGCGUACGCUGCAUGUUGUCUUGCUGACAUUCUUAGGAUUUUUGCUCCAGAAGCUCCUUACGGUGAAGAACAGUUGAAGUCAGUGUUUUCAAUGAUGGUAAAUCAGUUGAAGGGGCUUGAAAAUACGAAGUCAAACCUAUCCACAAAGUACUUCUAUCUUUUAGAGAGUUUAGCAUUAGUUAAGUCGUUCAAUAUUUGCCUGGACAUGGACUUCCAAGACAUUAUACUGCAGUUAUUUAAAAUGUUCUUCCAAGUUGUGAAUGAAAAUCAUUCUAACAAGAUUGUAAACUUCAUGUUGGACAUAAUGUGUCCAAUCAUUCAUGAAGGGGAAUCUGUACCUCAAGAACUUCUUGACACAGUGCUUGUCAACAUCAUUGAGCCACAGAAGAGUGAAGAUCCUGUGGCUUAUAAACUAGCAAGUGAAUUCAUUAAGAGGACUUCAUCAUCUAUAGAACCUUACUUACAAAUGUUUUUCAACAGUUGUAUUGCACUGGGAAAGACUUCAGACAGUAUUCUAGCUGACAAUAUUUAUGACCUUAUACUGGAGUUAAACAGAAUUUGUCCAAGUACACUUCUGUCAGUUGUGCCACAGCUGGAGUUUAAAUUAAAGAGUGUAGAAGUGGAUGAGCGUCUGGCAGUUACCAAAUUACUGGGCCAGAUGUUUUCUGAGAAGGACUCUGAAUUAGCAACUCAGAAUAAACCUCUGUGGAACUCAUACUUAGGAAGAUUUGUGGAUGUUAGUGUUGAUGUCCGUAUAGAAUGCAUCAGGAGAGCCAAGGAGUUUCUACAAUAUCACCCUGACCUGGUAGCUGAUUUAACGGAUAAACUACACGAGAGACAGCGUGACCCAGAUGAGAGAGUGCGACAAGAAGUGGUUUCGACCAUCUGUGAAGCAGCAUCAGAACAUAUCAGUUCUAUUUCUGAUCAGCUUCUUGAUGAUGUAUGUGAAAGAAUGAGAGAUAAGAAGUGGCAUGUCAGGAGAGAAGCAAUGAUGUGUCUUGGGAAACUGUUCAAGAAGGUCACAACAGGUGCUACAGCCAACAAAGCAGCAGCUAAGAAACUAUCCUGGGUUCCAAGCAAGCUUCUUCACUGUUAUUACUUUAACACGCCAGAAAACAGGCUUUGUGUUGAAAGGAUUUUGAUUGGUUGCUUGGUACCAGUCAGUUUAGACGCUGACCAGAAGAUGAAAAGAUUGUUACAUAUUUACUGCAAACUUGAUGAUGCAGCAGUAAGUGCCUUCCAUGGAAUUCUGACUUGCCAACAAAGAGUGCGCUCAGACUUUGCAGAUCUGAUUGAGUUGUCAACUGCAGAGGAGGCACAAGACAACGAGACACUAGUGUUGUCAAAGAUCAUUUCCCUUGCAAGAGCUUUCCCAGAUGCUUUUAAAUUUCAAGAAAACCUCAAGAAACUGCGACAGAUGAUUCAGGAGCCCACACUUAAAGAAUUGCUGAAGAUAUGCAUCAACCCUGAUGUAGGAUGUUCAAAGGUUUUCAAGGCAGUGAGUGAUGUUGUAUUAAAGGUUGGAUCAAAGAACCCUGUCCUUGAGACACUGAAAGCUCUGCUGGAUCGUGCUGCUCCUCUUCUUGUAGAUGAACAAUGUAUCAAAGAGCUCUUCAAGCUGGUGAAGGAUGCUGUAGAGGGGCUUUCUGAUGAUGGGGAUGAUGAGUAUGAAUGGCAUGAAAGCUCUGGCUCAAGUCCUGUUGGAAAAACAGGGUUGGCACUGCUGUUGAGUCUGGCUGGUGUGUUUCCAUCACAAUUUCAAAAUGAUGACACUUUUCAGCAACUGUUGGUCUUUCUGAAAAACAAGGAUCAAGAAAUAGUUGAUCACUCACUAAAGAUGCUUGCCUUGACUGGCGAUGGCAUUGAAAAAGUAAACAAAUCGUUAGCAAAUUACUAUCACCCAGUCCUGUCCAAAUUAGCAGUCAAAGGAACUCCAUGUCAAGCCAAGCACUCACUGAGAUCCAUGGCAAAGAUUUCCACUGCUUCCUCUCAGCCUUUUGAUCGUGUCUUUGCAGUAAGUAUUGUAAAAUGUAAUCCUACCCGUGAAGUUUUUGCAGGGGGAUUUAGGGCUCGAAAAAAGUGUCAUUAAUUUGGUCAUCUGGGACAAGUAACUUUUCAUUCCACUUGCUUAAUGGGCGAGUGAUCAGGCAAGUCAUUUACCAACUACAACAUUAAAA